AUGCCAAUCCCCGAUGGGCCCUGGACAGAUGUCUCGAUGGAUUUUGUGACUGAUCUUCCUGAGAGUGAUGGGUAUAAUGCGAUUUUGGUUGUGGUAGAUAGACUAACCAAAAUGCGGCAUCUGAUACCAACGACAAAGGAGGCGGAUUCACGAGAAGUAGCAAAGCUGUAUAUUGAUAACGUCUGGAAACUACAUGGAUUACCCGACACUAUGGUAUCCGAUCGAGGAACACAGUUCGUUGCGGAAUUUUGGAGGUCCCUUUGUGAUCGACUGGAAAUCUCGCCAAAAUUCUCUACUGCAUUCCACCCCCAAACAGAUGGACAGACAGAAAGAAUCAAUGCCAUAAUGGAACAAUACCUCCGAAGCUAUGUUUCCUAUCAACAAGACGACUGGGUCCGAUGGCUACCGAUGGCUGAAUUUGCAACCAACAACCACGUUUCCGAAACAACAAAAGUUUCCCCCUUUUAUGCUAAUUCGGGAAGAAAUCCUAGGAUAACAUUUGGGCCUUUGGAACAUGGUAGAACGACGGCGGAAGAUCAAGCUAAUAGCAUUGCGCGAGAAAUGAAGGAUAUCAUCAACUUCUUACGGAAUGAGAUGUUUCGGGCGCAAAGAAUACAGGAAGAAUCAGCCAAUAGGAAUCGGACUCCAGCUCCUCGAUACCAUUUAGGAGAUAAAGUUUUCCUAUCGACCCGUCAUAUUCUAACAAAACGACCUUCCAAGAAAUUCGACUGGAAACGUAUUGGACCUUAUAACGUUAAGCGCAUUGUCAAUCCCUAUGCUUACGAGUUGGAACUUCCCCGGUCAAUGAAAAUUCAUCCAAUAUUUCAUGUUUCGCUAUUGUCACCCGAUGUGAAUGAUCCCUUACCGGGACAACAACAGUUGCCACCACCUCCGGUUGAAAUCGAAGGAGAGGAAGAAUGGGAAGUCGAGGAUAUCUUGGAUUCGAGGAAACGAAGAGGAAGAUUUGAGUAUUUGGUACGAUAUAUGGGAUAUGAUGAAGCCUCCUGGCAACCACUAUCGGACCUUGAGCAUUCACCUGAUAUCGUUAAACGAUUCCAUGAGCGUUAUCCAGGGAAGCCUAAGCCUACCAGGAGGUAG